UGAAAAAAAAGGAAAGCAAAGCCCUCCCUAGCGGGGGGGGGAGAAAGAAAGGGGCUGGCUGGUCACAUGACCCCCUCCUUCUCCGCCUGCCGGGCCCUUUAAACCCUUUUGCGCCGAGGGAAGGGGAGGAGACCGCGGCCAGCUGCAAGGCACCGGCGGGGCGCCCCUUCCUCGCAACUGCUGCGCGCCGGGCGCGGCUUGCCUCCCCGCCUUCCACCCUUCAGAUCCGGAGGCCGCCGGGCGAGGAAAGACCAAGCGACCCGCCGCCCCCUUCCAUGCCUCUCCAAGCCCGGUCGAUUACGACUUAUGGCGACCCUAUGAAUCGACGACUUCCAAUAGUGUUUGUUAUAAACUACCCUGUUCAGAUCUUGCAUGUGGCCCUCCGAAGGUUGCCCAGGAGGGGAUGUGGCCCUUGAGCUGAAAAUGGUUCCCCACCAACUCUCCCAACGCUCCUGACUUGUUCCUCUGUCCAUCACGGGAACUUGAUGUGAGAUUCUAGAUGCCGUUUUCUGAACAGUGUGGGAUGUGUACAACACAACAGUACAACACCAAGUGAUUUGUUGGAUAGACUUGUAUCCUAUCCAAGGAGUUCGCCGGUUGGUGGAAUGGAGCAGUCAUGAAUGGUCAUGCCUUUUGUCAAGACCCUCCUUCCCAGCUUCCUGACUGGAGGGAAUUUUGUGAGCUGCACGCCCAGGCUGCCGCCGUGGACUUUGCUCAAAAGUUCUGCCAGUUCCUGAAGGAGAAUCCCCACUACGACACUCCUGGGGCAGAGACCUCCUUCUCCCACCAUUUUGCUGCCAACUUCUUGGACAUCUUCAGCCUGGAAGUCAACCGGGUGUUUGUAUCAGAUUCCCCCACCAGAUACAACAUUGUGCCAUUUGUGGGGCUUCAAAACUGCCACAUGCCUUAUGGGCAAGACCUCUUGCCGAGGAAAGAGCAGACCUCCACGGAAUCUCUGGACAGCAUGGACAACCCUGUCUCCUCCGGCAGGUAUCUAAGUCAAUCACAGCAGGUCCAGGCCCGAAAGGUCUCCUCCUACGGCCAGUCCCGGAGCUCGGAGGAUGUCUCUGUCCAUGCUACCUCUAAGCCAAAGUUUAAGAAAGGCUUCUCUUUGAGGAACAUGAGCUUGUGCGUGGUGGAUGGCAUGAAGGAGAUGUGGCACAGGAGGUCUUCCCCAGAGCCUGGCGCAGAAGCCACACAGAGCAGACGGUCCGAGAGGGAACACUGUCCUCCCGGAAACAAGGACCACGGCGAUUCCAGGGAGAAAUGGACCCACAAGCUCCGCCUUUCAAAGGGGCAGUCCUCCAAAGUGGAUCUGGUGGAUAUUCAGAGAGAAGGAACCCUCCGAUACAUGGUUGCCGAUGAUACGAACUGUGUGGGGACCUCUCAGUGGCAAAAGUGCCGAUUGAUGCUAAGGAAAGCCGUGAAGAUGGGAGGGGAAAGGUUCCUUCUAGAGUUUUACGUUCCUCCCAAAGCUUCCAAAGCGAAGGUCAGCAUCCCUCUCUCAGCCAUUAUCGAGGUGCGCACGACUAUGCCAUUGGAGAUGCCAGACAAGGAUAACACCUUUGUUCUGAAGGUAGAAAAUGGUGCUGAGUAUAUCUUGGAAACGAUUGAUUCGUUGCAGAAACACUCCUGGGUGGCAGAUAUACAAGACUGCAUCGAUCCUGGGGACAGUGAUGAUGACAUUGAGCUCGCCUCUUGCACCCAAGGGGCCUGCCUGCCAAGCAGAGUGUCCUCUUGCAGCUGUGAGUUCCUGGCUGAUGAUAUGUCCCGGUUUCAGGAUAGGUGUGCGGGCUCUGCUGCCCCGGACACUGUGCCAAAUCCUGCCACCAUUGUCACAGCACCACACAGCAGGGUCAGGGACUCUGUAGGAGAAUACAGAGCUCAUGUGCCAUUGGAGAAUUUUCUACAGACACUGGAGUCACCAGCUACUGGAAGCCAUACUGCAGGGGAGGAAAGCGAAACAGAAAUGGAGCUCAACCUCUUGGACUUUCCUUGGUUCCAUGGGACGCUAUCACGGGUCAGAGCUGCUCAGCUGGUUCUGUUUGGUGGAGCAAGAAGCCAUGGGCUGUUUGUCAUUCGGCAGAGUGAAACACGGCCGGGCGAAUAUGUGCUGACCUUUAACUUCCAGGGGAAAGCCAAGCACCUGCGCCUGUCCUUGAAUGAAAAUGGCCAGUGCCACGUCCAGCAUCUCUGGUUCCAGACGAUCUUUGAUAUGCUGAGGCAUUUUCACAUGCACCCCAUCCCCCUGGAGUCAGGCGGUUCUGCUGACAUAACGCUCCGCAGCUACGUGUUGGCACAGAGUCCCUUGCCUGAGGUCAGCCUGUCGCCAGCAGUGGCCUCCCAGCAGCCCACUUGCAGAAAUGACCUCCAGUCCCAGCACUACUUUUCCGGUUUUGUCCCCGUCACCUUUCAGCCAGCCUCCCCUUCAGAGGGCACCACCUCUUCCUCUUCCUCCUCGGCCAGCCAUUCGCUCUACCAUCGGAUGGAGGGGACCCUCAGUGCCCGAAGCCGAAGCAACAGCACUGAGCGCCUGUUCGAUUCUGCUGCCAUCGGGGCGGAGGAUUACCACGAAAGCGAAGGCUCACGCAACAGAACCAGAGCAGUGGAGAACCAAUAUUCAUUCUACUGAUCCGGCGGAUGGCAUGGUUUUCAGGGGUCUGUUGUCUCCCCCUGGAGUGGUUGCUGCUGGGUGGGCAGAGCUGAUAACAAAGAGGCGGAGACAUCAACAGGUUUAACUGCCUGCAUAUUGCAACAGUUAAUUGGCAUUCUCCUGGCCUGUGCGCAUGUGUGGGGCACGUCCGUAGCUUUGGCUUAUAAAGAGUUUCCCUCCCUUUCUUCUGCUCUCCACUACAAACCAGAGGUGCCUCUUCCUAUUCCUGUCUGGGCCAUUGGAACGGGGAUGCUCUGGUCCUGCAUCCCUAUGAGGCCUGGUAUUUGUCUCCACCCUAAUGGUCCCAUUCAGUUGGAAACAGGAAGAGUUUAUAAACCUUAAAUGCAUUUGGGACUAAGCCCUCUAGUAGCUACUGGUUGCUAAGGACCCAAAUGUUCACCAGGAUUUUAGAGAAGCUGGGAAGGCUAACAAAGGAAUGGUUUCUUGUAUUGCUGCUGUCUGCAUUAGGUUCUGUGAUCCUCUUCAUCUUCACUGUCAAUAGGUAGGGCUUUCAGUCACUGCAUCUGCUCCUCCUGAAGGUCUCCACAUGUGGUACUGGAGUACAGUUGUGUGUAAAUGAUGUAUGAUGCUGCCUGACAUGGACUCAAAUCAAAGGCAAAACUGUCCAUGGACUGGCACCAGUUGCUUUCUUUCAGCAUAGACCUUGAGCGACAUGGACCAAAGAUCCUACCCCUUGACAGCUUUUGACACUGAGCUUUUACUAUGGAGCAGCCACCCUUUAUUCACUCACUUCUUAUGAUGUAUCUGCAUGAUGACAUGAUCUUCCCAUGGUUUUUUCCCUGUUCACCUUCCAUUUUUGCGUGCAGAAUUCAGAUAAUCCAACUGUUGUUUUUUUUGCACAACAGAACACACACACGCGUGUGCACUGGAACAGCUGUGCAGUUUCCCCAGGUGUUGCUGGCCUACUGGGCUGCUAUUCAGUAGCUUCCCUGGGUGGAUAUGGCCUGUAUAGAUUGUUCUUCUCUAUAGUCCAUCUCUGUUCUCUAGGAAUCAACUCAAUCAUUUGUAACUCUUCCUUUUCCAAAAAGCAUUGCGUUUAUAUUUGUUUCUUUUCUCUCUCUCUCUCUCUCCCCCCCCCCACCGCCUUAAAUUGUAGCAGGGGGAAGAAUUGGGAGUGCAGUGAGAGUGGGGAGGUGGUAUUUAACCCUUUCCCCCACAAAAUGGUCCUAAUGAAAAUUUCUUGCCCUAGCUCCAAACGUCGGAGUGGAGAAAGGACUGCCCACUUGGCUAUAAAAUGUCUUAUUGUCAUUAUUUUAAAAAAUAUUUUAAAACUACCUUUCAGGGUACAUUGCCCUCCCAAGGUGGACACAAGAAAUUCCAUAACAUAAUAUAUAAAAGUUAAAAAUCACUGUACACCCUCCUAAGAAUGAGCAUGGACGGUUACUGAAAGCCCAACAGUGGAUCAAAUGGAGAUUGAAAUAAACACCUUUAGAUGGGGCUGUACUUAUUUGCUGGGGGAGAAGAUUCCACAAAUGCAGGUCCACUACAAAAAGGACCUGUCCGUGGUGCCUGCUGUUCUACUGUCUGCUAAGUCAUUUUCAUUAGAUUCUAGGAGUCUGAAAGCAGAGUUGCUAUUCUAAUUUAAAGCAGAACAACAAUGAUUAGGUGCUGCUAAAUUGUCCAUGGCCUGGAAAUACCCCAAGUCGGGCAUCUUCAUAUAUUCUUAAUUUGCCUAACUGUACUCCAGACAAACCACAGUUCUGUCUCCGCAUUUUGCACAAGUCUUCCCGCCCCACAUGCCAAACGAGCUCCAGCCAGGUUCUAAAACUCCCAGCUCAAAUGUUGUAUCUGGGUAGCCAGUGAUCAGUAUUGGGGGAUGGCGCAACAAAAGCCACAUAUUACUGAAAGCUGGUUUAUAGCAAGGGGCAGGGGACCUGUGGCCCUCCUAAUCUUGUUACAUGACAGCUCCCAUCAGCCCCAGCCAGCAUAAUCAAUGGUCAGGGAUGAUGGGAGCUGUAGUCCAACAGCAGCUAAAGGGCUACAGGUUUCCUAUCCCUAGUUUUUAUAUAGGUUUCAGUUGGCUGAUAGCAGCUGCAUUCCAUAUCCAAUUAUGUCACUGCGUCUUACUCACAGCAUCAUUUAACUUUUCAUGAGUUAACCUGUUGUGGCCUGAAAGCAUUCAUUGCAUCUUCAUUCCAUCAGCCUUUCACUAUUGUAUUAUUGAAUGUCAUUCUUCCCACCACCACCCAAAAAAGAAAUGAAUAUGUUGAAAUAAUAUGAUGCUAGUAGGUGCAGGAUGCUGCCGUUCAGUGUUGCGUUCGCAACUUACCCCUCAGUGAAACGGUCUUAUUACCGCCAAAGAGAAACCCCAGACAUCCUUUGAAUUGGAGAAAACCUCAAUUCAGGUGCAAAACUCCCAUUUCUCUGUAGAACAUAUCUUGUGAUAGAGGUGUGGGCAGACUUCAGAUGUAUUUUUAAAAUUAUUUUUGCUAAAACUCCAAGGGGUCCACUGACUGGAUCAGAGUGCAAAGUGAUGCUGUGGUUUGUAUGCAUGUACUCCAUGAGUCACACAUUAGGGUGACCUGCAUAUACAAGUACAAAUCUACACCUGCAUUACUAUGGAGCAGUAGACAGUCCUUUUCAUCUAAAAAUCCAUUCUUGGUUUCCUCCCAAGCCUUAACAUCAGCUGCCGCAUGUAGGGAGGAACUGCAACACAGGGCCUCAAACCUAUGCUGAUCUACUUUAAAUCAUCUAGCACACUAUGAGUAUAUUCAAAUCUGCCUACUGUCCACCUCUGUUUUAAUACAUGUUUGUGGUGGUGUAGAGCCACUAAAACCCUGUGAACUGUGUGCCAUAGCAGAUUUCUACUUGACCUUCAAGGAAUCUCUCAGGUUUCUGAUCCACUGUGUACUGUCUUUAAGAGAAUGAAACCUGCUUGUAGCCGAGACAGGAAGAUGCAAGUUCGGCUUAAUAAACCUAGCUUGCAGAAAUUUCCCUUCAGUAUUAAUAUGCAUAAAGCAAGCAACUUUAACCAAGCAGCCUCAAAGCUCAAAUUAAGAGCAUAAGAAAUUUAAUGCUCAUUAACUGUUUUAUAAGAACGUAAAGGCUAAAGGCUCAUCUAGUCCAGCGUCCUCUUCUCACAGUGGCUAACUGGAUGCCUGUGGGAAGCCGGCAAGCAGAACCCAAGCGCAGUCGCACUCUCCCCGCUUGUCCUUCCCAAGUAAUUGGUACUGAGGCAUACUACCUCUGAUACUGGAGAUAAUAUAGCCAGCAAUCCAAGUUAUUGGUGAUUCCUACAUCUUGCAGUAGCAAAUUCCACAGUUUUAACUGUGCACUAAGGCGUCCUUCCUUUUGUCUGUCCUGAAUCUCCACCCUUCAGCUUCAUGGAUGACGCUGGGUUCAAACUGUCCUCUGUCUCGCCAUGCAUAAUUUUAUACACGUCUGUUGCGUCUCCUCUUACUUUCCCUUUUUUUUUCUAAACUGAAAAGCUAAACUACACAUAAACCCAGAACAGGUGGGAAUCAAAACGAAACGGGAGGUUGGAUAUAAGGGAUGGGGGAAUCCCUGCAGCGUUGUAGCACCUAUGUGCGUAAUACUGAAACUGUGCUGAAAUUACAGAACGGUAAUGGAUUUGCAACACUACUAGGGCAACCUUGUGCAUCUUUCCUGUAAAGGAAGUCCUGUGUUCAGCGGCCCUUACUUCCAUGCAGUCUGUUUAGGAUUGGUGUCUAAGCCAGAGAGAGUCAAGAGAUGUGGUUUGAGAUUUCUAGAACUAAUCACAAAGCAGGCACUCUUCCAGAAAUGCUUACUUCAUUAUCCUGUCACAAUGUCAAUCACCUAUCAGCUCAACUUCGCAAUUGUACAAUGCUACUGCUGUGGUUCCAAGACCUGCAGUGAAAUUAAAUGUCAGAUAAUCCUGUACAAAAGCAAUAAAUUCAGAUGUCAGAAAUUCAUUCUGAAGACAAAAUAAAGUUUCUAUUAAGGUAAGGGAGGAAGACAUAGAUAUAAUGGGAUCAAAUUAGAAUAUGAACUUAAAAUACUAACACUAGCUUAAAUCUAAACCUAGACCAUUCCUAUCAAUGUUAUAUUAGCUGUUGCAAUGAAGAUGUUGCAUCAAAAGAAGUUCCCAAAUCAACACAAAUGAUUUGUGUUAAUUUGGCCAAAGUUGUUCUUAAUUUCCAGGUUAUGGCUUUUCCAUCAUACACUUGUCCCAGGCUGAACAACUGACUACCCGUCUCAUGAUUGUUUUGUAGGUCAACACAACUCUGAGAGCUUACAAUUCUGAAUGCAAAACUGCCCUGCCUGACACAAAAUAAGCCAAAUUUGUUUUGCUCCUUGGGACCAGCUCUCAGUUGUAGCCAUACCAUUUGCCCCCUUCCCCAUUUCUUUUCCAAGUUUCUGGAUAACUUAGAAGAAAGUGAUGUCUCUCAGUUGCUCACCAGAAGCUCCGCAUGGGCAACCGGCUCAUUGUACCUCUUCUGAAUUAGUGGCAUUUGAUUCAGCAGUACCUUUUAGAGCAGUGAGUCAUUGAAAUAAACUGCCAUUGUAUGUGGUUAAUUUCCUUUUCAAAGCCAAGGAACUGACUUUUUUUCCAUCAGUGGAGGCAUUACAGCCUUAUUGUAUGGAGAUGUAAUAUACUUGACAACCUUUGCAACGUGGACACCAACUACAAUGUGAGCCCAAACGAGAGAGCCUUUAUAGAGACGUUCAGAUCUACUUUUCAUUCCCCCCCCCAAUGGAUUCAUAGUUUUCAGAAGUCACCUUUACUAUUGGGCCCCUUCUCAAUGGAGAAUCACCAGGCUGGUAGGACUGGUCAGUUAGGGUGCAGAAUUUCACCCUUACCCAUAUUGAUUUUUUCUGUGCCAACCAAAAUGAAGCAGGGUGGAGAAAAUGAAGAAUGAAGGAACUGCAAUUGCGAAAUGAAAUGUUAAUCUGUAAAUACGGUUUUUAAAAAAAAAUGUGAAAAAGUUUUAAUGUGCUGUAGAAUAAAUUAAUUUUAUUUACAAAACUUGUAUGAGAACUGGAAGAAUAAUGGUGUUCCGGCUUUCUUCUGUUUUGGAGGGGAGCAGGUAAUAAAACAAGCCUUGAACUAGCUAGUGUGCUGGAAGUGCUUGGUGUUGCCCAAAUUUUGUCAAGAG